CACAAAGACUCACUCUGCAAAAUCACAAUUGAAUUGAAAAUUUACAGAUUGAAUUAAAGGGGAAGAGGGACGGGAAGGGAAGGCCUUCUUCUUCUUGGACUCGAAGUUAAGACUCAAGAAGAGGCUUAGAGGCUCAGAGGCUCAGAGGUUUAGACUCAACAAGAGAUGUCUCUUGUUGUUGUUGUUGUUUUCCUCGACUUGUGUUAGUGGUGUUGUUUUAAUGGAUCAUCCAACGCAACCAGACUCGCCGCCGGUGACUGAGCAUGAGGUUUUUGUCGUCGUCGGUUCUGCCACCAAUGGUCGUCUCAAUCACUCUCGCACUGUGAACGGCUCUAUUAUUAGUCCAGAUACAGACAACAAUAAUAAGGGGAAGGGUAGGUGGGAGACUCUGAUACUUGCAUACAAGACACUGGGAGUAGUGUUUGGAGGGCUUGUCACAUCCCCACUCUAUGUAUACCCUUCGAUGCACCUCAAGUCUCCAACAGAAGAUGACUAUUUGGGCAUCUAUAGCAUUAUGUUCUGGACUCUCAGUCUCAUUGGGGUUGUCAAGUAUGCCAGCAUUGCUCUCAAAGCCGACGAUCAGGGCGAAGGUGGAACUUUUGCCCUGUAUUCAUCACUUUGCAGGAAUAUGAACAUUGGCAUGCUUACUUCAAGGUCUGCAAAUUCAAGUUCAAGUCUUUCACGCUCUCUCUUGGAUGAAGGCACAGAAAAACAGAGUAGGCUUGCAAAGUUUUUCAGAAAAAGUGUAGUUGCUAGAAGGGUGUUGCUUUUUAUUGCUAUGCUAGGCACGUGCAUGGUUAUUGGAGAUGGUAUUCUUACACCUGCAAUCUCUGUUUUGUCAGCAAUGGAUGGAAUAAGGGCGCCUUUUCCAUCUCUGAGUUCCUCUGUGGUGGAAGCGCUUUCUGCAGUAGUCCUUAUCAUUCUGUUCUUGUUACAAAAGUUUGGUACAUCUCGAGUGAGCUUCCUUUUUUCCCCCAUCAUGGGUGCAUGGACUUUGUGUACCCCACUUGUAGGAAUUUAUAGCAUCAUACAUCAUUAUCCAAGCAUAUUUAAGGCAAUAUCACCACACUAUAUCUUCCGUUUCUUUUGGAGAAAUGGAAGGGAAGGCUGGCUGCUGCUUGGUGGCACUGUCCUUUGCAUCACAGGCUCCGAAGCAUUGUUUGCAGAUCUUGGCCAUUUCAACCGAAGCUCCAUUCAGAUAGCUUUCUUGUUUACAAUCUAUCCAUCUCUGGUUCUGACAUAUGCGGGGCAGACAGCAUACCUGAUCAGGAAUCCAAAUGAUCAUGAUGAUGGAUUCUUUAAGUUUAUACCAAAAACGAUCUACUGGCCUAUCUUUAUCAUAGCCACAUUGGCUGCAACAGUUGCAAGCCAAUCUCUAAUAUCAGCCACUUUUUCUGUCAUCAAGCAAUCUGUAGUACUUGAUUAUUUCCCUCGGGUGAAGGUUGUGCACACAUCUGCUAGCAAAGAAGGCGAGGUUUACUCCCCUGAAGUAAACUACAUCCUCAUGAUUCUCUGUGUUGUUGUCAUACUUGUUUUUGGGGAUGGAAAAGACAUUGGCAACGCAUUUGGUAUUGUUGUCAGUCUAGUCAUGCUUAUCACCACAAUAUUACUGACACUGGUAAUGAUCAUAAUAUGGAGAACACCACCUAUGCUGGUUGCUCUUUACUUCUGUGUAUUCUUUGUCAUGGAAGGUGUUUACGUGAGUGCAGUCUUCACUAAGAUCCCUGAAGGUGGAUGGAUUCCUUUUGCCAUAUCCUUUAUCCUUGCCUUCAUUAUGUUUGGUUGGUUUUAUGGGAGACAGAGAAAAUUAGAAUAUGAGUUGACUCAUAAGAUAACCUUAGACAGACUUGGUGUGCUAUUAUCUGACCCUAGUGUUCAAAGGGUUCCUGGAUUGUGCUUCUUUUACACCAACAUUCAAGAUGGCCUCACUCCGACUCUUGGACACUACAUUAAAAACAUGAAAUCCCUUCACCAGGUCACUAUGUUCACUACGCUUCGAUACCUAUUAGUUCCUAAGGUUGCUCCUCAUGAGAGGAUUGUCGUAAAAAAACUUGGCCUCAAAGGGGUUUAUGGGUGUGUUAUUCAGUACGGCUAUGCAGAUCCCCUAAACCUUGAAGGAGAUGAUUUUGUUAGUCAAGUUACAAAUAGCUUGCAGGCACAUAUACAAAACUGCUCAGGUCUUCCAUCCAAUCCUUCAGAGAUCCAAGAAGAGAUAUCUGAUUUGGAAGAAGCAAGGAGUGCAGGUGUAGUUCAUGUUAGAGGAAAGACAAGGUUUUAUAUUGGCCAUAACUGUGGCUGGUUUGAUAGAAUUAUGCUGGCAUUUUAUGAAGUUCUGCACAGCAACUGUAGGUCGGCUCUGCCUGCUCUAGGGGUGCCUCCGCCUCAGCGGAUUGAGGUCGGAAUGCUUUAUGAGGCUUGAAGGAAGGUUACUAUAUAUAUUGGUAGAAUAUUGAAAUAAGAUGCUACUUAGAUUGGAUAAAGUUUUUUUUGUCUUUUUUUAUUUUUUGGGUCUGCGAUGUGAUAAAGUUCUUUCUCAUGUAGAAGCAAAACUGUUAGGACACGUAAAUAAUUUUGUAACACCCCGAAUCCAAUUAAAUUCCCUACUUAAAUUA